AUGUACUCACCCUUGAUGCGAGAUGCGGGCCGGACGACAACAACUGGCGGCGAGGGUGCGGACGAUCACCAGAUACCGGCACUUGGGGCACCACCACCGCCACCAGCACCAUCCACGCCGACGGUGCCGACGGCGAGGCGCGCCGUCGCGUCGCGACGCCGCCUCGCGAGUACGCACGCGCCGCGCCGCCGCGCCGGAGGGUGGCCAGCUCCCCGCAGGCAGAAAAACAUGGAAGCGUCAACUGGAGCGACAAGUCCCGCGGGAUUUUCGCCGGCGGUGCGUGAGGUCGUCCUGGAAGUCCUGGAGGGAUGCGCGGACUCAUUGGCCGUUUACCAAAACGUCCUGCGACAACAAUCGACGACGAGGGACGACGCCACUAAUGUUUUCCCCAAUGUCGAGAUUUCGGAAACGUCCGUUCUGCAGGCGCUCACCGGAGGCGCUGUGGAGAUGAUGGAUUCACGGAGGGAAGCUGCGCGUGAAAAGCUUCGACGAGACAGUUUAUACGUGAGCGGUAUAAUACAAGACCUGAAGCGAGAAAUUAACGAACACGGGACCAUCGAUGUCUUGACCAAGGAGAUCGAGAGGAUCACGUCGCGGGAACAACAGGAGAAUCUUUUAAUAGAAGAGAACGAGAGGAUGCAGACGAUCGUGGCGGAGUUACGAAAAACGAUUGCCGAUAGGAAAACCGCGAACGAGAGGGAGGGCGAGCGUUUAACGAAGAAGCUCGCUUUGGCACGGGACGAGAAGGAGAGGCUGAAACUAAUUAAGGACGCGGAGAUGAAAUAUGUCCGAGUGUGGGAAGCGGCACGUCGGGAGCAGCACGUACUGCGUUACGAGUCGGAUACGGACGAAUUGAGGAGGACUUUGAACGAUCAUUGCGUACGCGAGAGAAACGAGACUCGCGUAAAUGAUGUAUUGACGCGUUAUCUGACGCGGCGUGUAGCGCUCGUCGAGAAUCGGAUCGAGCAAUGGCGGCAGAGGUACGAUCGGGAGGAGAAAGUGUACGAGUGCGAGAUCCGCAGAGUACGCAGCGAGAUCGAAGACGCUCGGAAAUACUUGGGGGAACUUACAACGGAGCAUCGCAAUAACCAGGAAUUCAUCGACACGUACCUCGCGGAGCAGGAGGCGCUCCGGAGACAAAAGGAACACGAGGAUCACGUGCUGCGCAGCACAAUCAAGAUGCAAGCCUGGUGGCGGGGCGUGAUGGUGCGCCGGAAGCUGGGGCCGUAUCGACCUGAGGAGAAAAAGAAGAAGAAGCCCAUUAAAACGAAGAGAUAA